AUGGGAGACAAAGAAUACUGUGAAAGGAGAGCGGACUACGUGAACGGAGAGGGGGUCCUUGAAAACCCUAAUUUCCGUACUUGCGAGGGAACCCUGGGGAAUGAAAUGGGAGCGGGAUGCCCCACAGACAGGGAGAUGCUAAAGAAAUUGUGCAGUUCCAUGGACGAGGUCCUCAACCGCCUCGCUCGCCUAGAAAAUGAAAUGGCGAGAAAGGACCUCCAGCUCGAAGCUGCCCAGCGGCAGCAGAAGAGCUGGAGUGCCUUGAGCGAGUUGAGGGCCAACUCCCAAGAGACGCUCAAGAGAAUUCCAAAAAGAGGAGAAAGCGAAGAGGCUCUGGCGUACAAUUAUGCCUCCGCCAAAUUCCUGGAGGGCCUCCGGAAAUUGUGCGGAGGCAAUAUGAAUAAAUUCGCACUGGAGCUGGAAAAGAAAAUUUAUGAAGACGAUACGACGGAACUGACUCUUCCACUGGAAAAAAGGAUCCAAACCGCCACCAGAGUCGAAUUUAUCAAAGAGUGUAUCUUCAAAUACUACAUGGUUCCUGUUGAAACGCGCCAAGCUGUUUGGAGAAGCGCUAAAAACGCACUCAACUCCAGAGUGCGAAGACUAAAAAGCGCUGCUGGAACACCCUCAAGAAGAGCGCUUCUUUUUGAGGCGGAAUCGCCGCAGCCACAGGUACACUCGCCUUAUGAGUUCGUCGAUGAUUGA